ACGUGGGACUCCAUCACGCAUGCGCAGCGAGGUGUGCGCGCAGGGAGUUGCGCUGGCAGGUAGUCGGAGCACCAGUACACCUGUGCCGCUUACCGCAAGACAAAAUGUCUGGAUUCGAUAACAACCCCUUUGCCGAGCCAGUUGAUGUCAAUCCUUUUCAGGACCCAUCAGUUACACGGGUGACCAACACUUCAGCUGAUGGCAUAGGAGAGUAUAACCCAUUUACAGCCGGUGCUCUGGAUGGGCGCACCAUUCCCAUCUCAACUGCCUCUCAACCAGCGGUCCUGCAGACAACAGUGGAGCCCAGUCCACAGACCAGUGUGGCUGCAGGGCAGGCUGACCUCCUCCGUCAGCAAGCGGAGCUGGAGAAGAAGGCUGCUGAGCUGGAGCGCAAAGAGCAGGAGCUUCGGGAUCGAGACACAGCGUUAGGAAAAGAAAACAACUGGCCACCUUUGCCCAAGUUUUUCCCCAUAAAACCUUGCUUCUAUCAGGAUUUUAAUGAAGAAAUUCCUGUGGAAUAUCAGAGGGUUUGCAAGAUGAUGUACUACCUCUGGAUAUAUCACAGUGUGACGCUGUUUCUGAACCUGCUGGCCUGCCUGGUGUAUUUUACCGUCUCUACACAGAAUGGAGUGGACUUCGGACUCUCAAUCCUCUGGUUUAUUUUGUUCACUCCUGUCUCUUUCCUCUGCUGGUACCGACCUGUAUACAAAGCCUUUAAAUCUGAUAGCUCCUUCAGUUUCUUCUUCUUCUUCUUCAUUUUCUCAUUCCAAGUAAUAGUGUACAUCAUUCAGAGUGUGGGGAUCCCCAGCUGGGGAAACAGCGGCUGGAUCACGGCCAUCUCGGUGCUCAAGAUUAACAUAGCCGUGUCAGUCUUCAUGAUGGUGGUGGCUGGAUUCUUCACCGUCAAUGCUGUUCUGUCAGUUAUCUUACUGAAAAUGGUUCACUCCAUGUACAGACACACAGGCGCGAGCUUCCAGAAGGCGCAGGAAGAGUUUUCUCAGGGGGUCGUCACUAACCGAACCUUCCAGUCCGCCGCCGCCACAGCAGCGUCUUCAGCUGUGCAGGGAGCCUUUCAGUAACAGCCGCCGUUAAAGACUGUCGCAUGAACUUCCGGCGGACAACCCAAACCCCUCGCCGAAAGGGCAGUCUGUAUUUGAGACUUCUCAAAGCUCGUGUUUUCUCUUGCUGCGGUACGUUCAUUUGGUUACUGAAAAUAUUUCGAAGUGAAAAGUUACCUGGCUGUUGAUCGGUGAGGCACUUUAGACGAUGACAUGGCUUCUGUCCAAAUACAGACUGUCUUUUCUUUCUGUAUUCCUCCUGUGAUGAAGGCGAUAUUUAGUGACGGUUUUAUGAAUAAGUUAUAUUAUGUUACAGUGUUUCAGUGGCACUAUUUAAUUAGUAUAUGUAAUGUUACAACAUUGUUACCAUAUAGUCCAAAUUCCAGUCAAUCCAAAUGAUCUAGUUAUCUAGUUUCGUCCCUGCUACUAUAUGUGUUUAGAAACCUUUUUGUGAAAUGUGAAAUUGGUCAACACUUUGAUUUAGAUUUUAUACUCCAGCUAAAUGUGUUACGUCCCCAACAAGAAACAUAUAUUUACCUAUGAGCUGUCUUUAGAGUGUCUUUAAAUGUGCUGUUUUCAGUUUGUUACAGUUGUUACAUUCUCAAACUGAAGUGAUGAUUUUGCAGUGUUCUCAAUUACGAACAAACUAUGUAUAUAUUUAUAAAUUAAGCAGAUCUUAUUUUACUGUGGUCGGUUUGGGUGGGCUCUUCAAAUAUUGGGUUAUUGUUAAAUAAACAUAUUCCGAUUAA